ACUAUACUUUGUUUCAACCUCCUUACCAUUUUUUCUAUGAACCUUUUCAUCAUCUUGGAAAUAUUUUAAUAUCCAACCUCAAGUCCAGUGUCCUUACUCUGAACUCCCCCUUUCUUGUUCUGCUCAAAAAACCCAUUAAAUAGUAUUGGCACAUUGUGCAAAUACCAAAACCUACAGAAUCACCUGAGCAUUAAUGUUGGUGGUCAAGAUGGGUCUUCUUCUUCCUCUUUUCACCGUCUUCCUCUUCUUCUCUUUUUCCAGUGCAGAGCUGUCGAGCAAAGCGGGAGUGAACUACGGCCAGCUGGGGAACAACCUGCCGACACCAGCAGAAUCCGUGAAGCUGAUCCAAUCCCUCAAAGCCGAACGCGUCAAAAUCUACGAUGCCAACCCUAAAAUCCUCCACGCCCUCGGAAACACUGACCUCCAGGUCUCCAUCAUGGUCCCUAACGAGAUCAUCUCUAAUAUUUCCUCAAAUCAGUCCCUCGCCGAUUCCUGGGUCAAAUCCAAUGUCAUCCCCUUUUACCCCCAGACCAAAAUCCGGUACCUUCUUGUCGGAAACGAAGUUAUCAGUAGCACCACGAAAGAGACCUGGUACAAUCUCGUUCCCGCUAUGCGGAAGAUUAAGAAAUCUCUUAAAGACUGUGAGUUGCGCAAGAUCAAAGUGGGGACCUCAAUGGCAAUGGAUGUACUACAGUCGUCCUUUCCGCCGUCGAACGGAACAUUCCGGUCCGAUAUUGCGAUUCCGGUGAUAAAACCCAUGUUGCAGUUCUUGAAUCGGACCAAAUCGUUCUAUUUCGUUGAUGUGUACACCUACUUCCCCUGGUCGAUGGAUCCCCUGAACAUCCACCUCGACUAUGCCCUGCUUCAGUCCCGGAAUGUUACCUACACCGACCCUGUUUCGAACUUGACCUACACCAACCUCUUCGAUCAGAUGAUCGACGCCGUCAUUUUCGCCAUGAAGAGGCUCGGGUACCCGGACAUUCGGAUCUGGAUCGCCGAAACCGGCUGGCCCAAUGGCGGCGACAUUGACCAAAUCGGCUGCAACAUUUACAAUGCUGCCACUUACAACAGAAACAUAGUCAAGAAACUCACCGCCAAGCCACCCAUUGGAACUCCGGCCCGACCCGGAUCCAUCCUCCCGUCUUUCAUCUUCGCCCUCUAUAACGAAAACCAGAAACCGGGUCCGGGCACGGAGCGGCAUUUCGGGUUAUUAUAUCCGACCGGGGCAGAAGUAUACGGGAUUGAUUUGAGCGGAGAGACGCCGUUGUCGGAGUACCCGCCGCUGCCGAAGCCGAAGCCGAAGAACGACAAGCCGUACAAAGGGAAGAUUUGGUGCGUGGUGGCCAACGUAGCCAAUAAGACUGCAAUCGCAUCCGCUCUAUCGUACGCAUGCUCGCAGGGGAACAAAACCUGCGAUCCGAUUCAACCCGGGAAGGAAUGCUCCAAACCCGAUUCCUUGAUCCGACACGCAAGUUACGCGUUCAGUUCUUAUUGGGCCCAGUUUAGGGCCGUUGGUGGGACCUGCUAUUUCAACGGCCUGGCUAGGCAGACGGCUAAAGAUCCGAGUUAUGGGCACUGCAAGUUUCCGAGUGUGACCCUUUAAGAAAGCUCCACACUUUUUUUUGGGGUAAAAGAUGACAUUGAUUUGGGCCCUCCUUUUGAAUUGAUUUAUCAUUGAAAAGAAAAUAAUCUGAUUUUUUGAGCCCAAUUUAUAGGAAGCAAUUUUAAUUAGAUUUAUUAUUAUUACUCAGUAUAAUCUUGUAGCUUUGGUAUUUUUUAUUUUAAUUUGUUUUGUGUGACCAUUAUUAAUGCCAUGACUUCUAAUUCACUCGUAAGUUGGGAAUUUGCGAGAAGUUAUCUUUUUAUAUUUUCAUCAAUUGUCUAACUUUUUAGAACUUGUUUGAAUGAUUAUUUCUUCGAAAUUUUGAAUUUUUUUUGUUCGUACUACUGUAUUAAUUUUGUCAGAAGGUGUAUGGUGUAACGGCUAUUGUGUUUUAAAUGAUUUAAUUUGUCUUUAAUUUUGCAAUUUAAGUCGUUGGUGGUGGGUGCCAACGGCUAAAAAGAGAGGUCUGCUUCAGAAUGGCAAUCUUCAAUUUCGAGGAUGCUUGUUGAUUUUGCAACCUUUUGGCAUCGCUUUUUCUUACAAAAAGGCCUUGUAAUAGCAGUGUGGACCAGCUGUUGUGUGUGCCCUUUAUUCCCUUGUUCCUUUUGAAAUACUUUCUUGAAUGAAAGUGACUAUUCUAU